CGUGUGCGUCGGGCGAAUGCGGCGGACAGUGCGCGAUAUUAAACGUGAAAUAAAUGAACAAAUUGUUAAUUAAUAAGCAACAGGAGCCGAUCUCGUCAACGAUCAGGCACCAGCAGGUAACAAUAACAACAUCAACAUUAAUAAUACCAAGCAACAUCGACAACAACAAUCACAACAACGCAGCGCCGUUUGUUUAAAUGUAAAUUAAAUGUUAAUCGCUCUCUGUGUGUGAAUGUGUGUUCGUGAAAAUAAGGAGUUAUCGAUAAGCAGAACGAUUGCAGUGCAAGAAAACACUUCAGAUGAAACAGAUUUAGUGUUUAUCUAAAUUACAUUAUAUCAAAAGCAAAAGCAAACGGAAAUGCAAAACAAGCUUAGAAAUUAAACACAAAAAGAAAUAACGCGGGAUCUGUGUUCGAACAAACGGUGCUUAAUCGCAGUUUCCUUUUGCCUUGCUGAGACGAAAGUAAUAUUAACAACAACAACAGCAGCAGCAAAGUAGCAAAACCAAAAGCGAAAAGUGUGAAUUCGGCAAUGCAAACGCAGGAGUCAAAGUAAAAGCAAAGAAAGAGGGAAAUAAAAGAAACACCAACAACAACAACAUCGAAGAGUGCUGUGUAAAUUUACGUACAUAGAAAGUGGAUGAAAAAUUUGAAACAAAACUGCAAAACUGUGUUUCUUCACAAUACAAAUUAACUAGAAAUUGCGAAUACCUGAACUAGUUCGUAAUGCAACUUCGAGUGCAUCCGACUAUGGACUGUAGCGGCCGUUCAACCAACAAUAUUGAACGCGAUUCCGAUUUGGGUGACGAUUUGUCCCACGGCGAUCGAACCGAUGACGAAAUGCGCGACUGCGAUUCCGUUGACGGUGAGCAUCAUCAGCUGAGCGCCAAGGCGGCAAUUGCCGCCCGGCUCAGUCACACAGUUGCCGGCGGUGCUGGCCUCAAUUUCGCCAGUCCCGAGCAGCAAACAGAUCUGCCACUCAGCCAUCAUCAUCAGCUGCCCCCGAAUCAUCCGCUCAAUGCUCUGGGCAGCUUCAUGGGCAUCAGCGGACUACACAGCAUUCCAAAUCUACAGCACAGCGAUGUUCUCGAGAAGCUCAAGAUGCAAGUGCGUGAUAUGAAAGUCGGUCUCAUGGAGCAGGACUACGCAGCGGCGGCACAUGCAGCAGCCUUUGGUGCCAACAUGUUGCCCACAACCAUCGGCUCGGCCUUUCCGAUGCCCCACAACUCGGUGGCCGCAGCUGCGGCAGCUGCAUCCUUUGGGCCCGUGCCGCCCGCCAGCAAUGGCGCCACAUACAACGGAGUCGCCACCGGUGGAGGGCCAGGAGCAGCUGCGGCUGCCGCGGCUGCUGCUGCAGUUAUGGCUGCCAAUACGGUCAAUAAUAAUAAUAAUGGUAGCAAUAGUGGAGCAGGUGGUGGAGGAACUGGAGCAGGAGGAGGCGGAGGAGGAGGAGGAGGGAACAGUAACAACAACAGCAAUGCUGUCAGUGGCAACAACAACAACAACAACAGCAGCAGCAACAACAACAACAAUGGUCAUCCAUUUUCAUUUGCAUCGCCAACAGCGCCAAGCGCCAAAGAAGCUAAUUCCGCAUCAAAUUCAUCGACGUCCAGCGAGGCAUCGAAUUCAUCGCAGCAGAAUAAUGGCUGGAGCUUUGAAGAGCAGUACAAACAAGUCAGACAGCUCUACGAAAUCAACGAUGAUCCCAAGCGCAAGGAGUUUCUCGAUGAUUUGUUUUCGUUUAUGCAAAAGCGCGGCACGCCAAUCAAUCGGCUGCCCAUAAUGGCCAAAUCGGUGCUGGAUCUAUAUGAGCUAUACAAUUUGGUGAUUGCUCGCGGCGGCCUUGUCGAUGUGAUCAACAAGAAGCUAUGGCAGGAGAUCAUCAAGGGACUGCAUCUGCCAUCGAGCAUCACCAGCGCUGCGUUCACACUACGCACCCAAUACAUGAAGUAUCUCUACCCAUACGAGUGCGAAAAGAAGAACCUCAGCACCCCAGCCGAACUCCAGGCAGCCAUCGAUGGCAAUCGCCGCGAAGGACGCCGUUCCAGCUACGGCCAAUACGAGGCCAUGCACAAUCAGAUGCCACUUACGCCCAUUUCACGCCCAUCACUGCCGGGUGGCAUGCAACAAAUGUCGCCACUGGCGUUGGUCACACACGCGGCAGCAGCCAACAAUCAGCAAGCAGCUGCCGCGGCAGCAGCCGCGCAUCGACGAUUGAUGGGCGGUCCGGCAUUUGGCCAAAUGCCCAAUCUGGUGACACAGGAGAUUGAGAAUCGCAUGAUGGAGUAUCUGCAGCUCAUACAGGCCAAGAAGGAGCAGAGUGCUGGUCCCGUGCUUGGCGCCACACAUCCCCACCAGCAACAGCAGCAGCAACAGCAACAACAACAACAGCAGCAGCAACAGCAAUCGCUGCACCAUCACCAGCAGCAACAACAGCUGCAGCAGCAGCAACAACAACAACACCAGCAGCGACAACGCUCGCAGAGUCCCGAGCUGAGCACGCGCGAUGCGUUGAGUGCUCAGGUGGCGCUUUGGCACAUGUAUCACAACAGCAGUCCGAAUGGUUCGGCACACACCUCACCACAGCAGCGCGAAGCGCUGAACCUCUCCGACUCGCCACCGAAUCUCAAUCUCAGCCACAUUAAACGCGAACGUGAACGUGAUCCCACACCUGAGCCAGCGGAUCAUGAGGAUGCCGCACAUCAGCCGCCGCCAGCCAAACGUGUGAGCAGCGGCCUUAUGCCACCCGGUUUUCCUGCUAACUUCUACUUGAAUCCACACAACAUGGCUGCUGUGGCUGCCAUGACCCAGCAUCAUCAUCAUCAACAGCAGCAGCAGCAACAGGAUGCCGCAUCCGAGGGCGAGCCAGAGGAUGACUAUGGCAAUGCGGAGCACAAUACCACGGGCAAUUCGUCGUCGAUGCACGAUGACAUUGAGCCACAGCAACUGAACGGACAUCAUCAUCACCAUCAUCAUCAUCAGCUGCAUCAUCUGGACAAAUCGGAUGAUUCGGCCAUUGAGAAUUCACCCAGCACUUCAACAACGGCAUCCGCCUCGGGCGGCCAUCGCCACAGCUCGCCGGUGUCCACCAAAAAGAAGUGUGCCAGCAGUAAGACGCAGUCCGGUGGCAAGGAUGCCGAGCACGAGCACAACAAUUGCACUGUGAACGGUGGCGUUGCCAAGCUAAAUCCCCUCGAGACACUCAGCCUGCUGUCGGGCAUGCAGUUUCAAGUGGCACGCAAUGGCACUGGCGCCAAUGGUGAACAGCAGUUGAUUGUCAACCUGGAGCUAAAUGGCAUUAAGUACUCGGGUGUGCUGGUGUCCAAUGCAACCCGAGUGGAACCCAGAGUCGACGACUCGGACACGCUAAAUGCGGCUGCUGCUGAUGCCACGUCCGAGGAGCCGACGGUCGAAGAGGCUGGCAAUGCGGUCAAGCAUGAGAAUAGCCAAGAAGACAACCAGAACGAUGCGGUUGACGAGGACGAGGAAACGGACGAGCAGCCCACGGAUGACAUUGUAAACGGAAUGGGAGUGGGAGUGGGCGUGGGCAUGGGCGUGGGCGUGGGCGUUGGUGGUGGUGUUAGUGGCUCUGUGGGCGUGUCUGUGCUUAAAGAUGCUGUGGUCAGUUCGUAGGGUGUGAGAAGAAGAAGAAAAGAGUAUAAUACAACAAAAAAGAAAGGAAUACCAAAGUCAUAUUUUUCAGAAAAAUAAAAAAUCAAACAACAAAAAGAAGAGACACACACACACACACUUGCAUACGCAGCAGAGUUCUAUGUAAAUACACUCACUCACACACACACAUAUAUAUUGAAUGCAUUUCUAGCGAGUAGCGAGCAGAGUGAGGUUAGGGACGAAACCAACGAGUAACGAGUGAAGCGUGAAGUGUGUGUGAAUUCGUAAACCUGGCUAAGACUAAAGUGCAUCUCCACACACACACCACACACACACAUACAAUCUACAUUAUAUGCAUACACACAUAUUCUAUAUAUAACUAAAUAUAUAUAUACUUACAUAUAUAUAUAUAUAUAUAUAUCGCUUAGUAUGUUCAAUUUCCACAUUUUUGCAUAAAAGACAAGCUAACGAGCAUUGUAUUUAUUAAUAGGCCCUAGUUCAUAAGCAGCUGCAACAAUUUGAGAAGGAAGCAAGAGAAGUAAUUCACAUUUGAUUAGUUUCUUAGGCUACCCAAGGAAAUGACACGCCCCAUCGCCACUCCCCAGCCCCGCCACCAUCAAACCACACAACCAACUCACAACUGGGAUUGAAAGCAGUUUUGCGUUUUACUUUCGUAUUUCGUACACAUAUACAUAGAUAUAUAUAUAUUUUUUUUUAAAUGGCGAGAGAAUUUCCGUUGAUUUCUUUUGCUCAGUUUUUAAAUUGUGUUAGGCUGCAAAGCUCUUGUGUACAUAUCAAUAAUUGCUAUGUAGUAGUAAAUAUCUUUAUUCGUACAUAUAUACAUCGAUAUAUAUGUAUAUAUAAUCUUAAUAUCUUUAUGUAAUUUUAAGUGAACAUUCACACAACCACACUCACACACAUAUACACAUACACACGCUGAACACAUAAACCACUUAGACCCUAGGAUAUAGAGACAUAAAUACAAAUGAUGAGCCUAAAAGCAUAAAGCAUCCAGCACACACACAUAAACAUAAUCAAAUAAUUAUACAUAUACGAGUAAAUAUCAAUGUCAUAAAACUUUACUGUUUACGUAUUGGCCACUCUCCACUCUCCGCCUCCCUUCCCUGCCUUCCCCGCCCCAAUCUUCCAAACCCAAAGCCAAGUUAAACGUAGCUACAAAUAUUGUAAGCAUAAGCGUUCAAUUUAUUGAAUAAUAAAUCUAUUUAAUUUUAGCUCAA